GAUGAAGUCAUGAAUGCGCACGAGGAUAGCUUGCCGCAGUACCAUCAUACGUAGCUGUUCCAGGAGACUGAAGUAACAGCAGAAAGUUUCGGUAGAUUUUGUUCAUCAGUUUCUACUCCACUGUCAGGUUACCAUCUUGAGUUUCUAUCAUCAUGAGCACAGACACCUUCUUAGAACUACCACUUAGGCUAGCUGGCUAUGGUUACGGCUAUAACGAAGCGGCCAAGUACGCCGUUGACUAUGAGCGUCUGCUGAUAACCAUGGCAAAUCUCUAUAUAUUUUGUCAUGUCGGAUUCAAGGCUUUUGAAGCAAAUGACAUUACUUCUGCCGCCCUAAUCUGCUUAGACACGCUUGUCUUUCACCUGAUUGCAAGUGUCGUGGUUCCAUUAUUCACUGGCAAUAUCGUUCGCAGCGUUGCAGACGACGUCAUGGACAAGUGUCAAGUCAGUCCGAGGCUCCAAAAGUGGAUCCCAGUUAUAAUAGUGGCGGCUUUCUUGAUACUUGCUUCAGAACCUUUCGACGAUGCGGUCAAUAAGGUCAUGGACGUCACGCUAAGGAAAAUACUGACCUAAAAGAGAGAUGUCCACCUUGCAGUGCACCAGAGAGUGUCUCCUAGGACACGGACGCUCUGAAUAAAUGUCUAAAUAUUCAUUAGUUGUGGUGAUUACGUGAUAUGGCUCAGCAGAAAGGAUAAGAUCUUUUUAAAAAAAUCGGAUCUUGGUUAAGUGGUUUGGAAGACAAGAAACAAAUAAACGAAACAAAUGAU